AUGAAUGGAUUCGAGAGAAUGAUAAAGGAGUGUGAAAAGAGAACGGCAAAGGUAGCCGCAAACGAUGAGAGGCCAAGGGCCGACAAGGAGGAAGGAGCGAUAAACGCGGAACUAUUGAAUACGAUUUUGGAGAAAUUAGCAACCUUGGAAACCCGAAUGAGGGGCCAGGAGAUGGACGAAUCCAAGGGCCACGAGCGUACGGAGAGAGUGAGGGACGAUACCGAGAUCGACCGGGAGAACCGGAUGACGAAUCUAUGGGAUGAAGAAGAAGAAGCAGCCGAGGACAGAAAUAGCGAGGUAAAGCAGAUAGAGAGUGAAUCAAGAAGAAAGGGCCACGAAGGCAUGGCGAGAGAAGGCAGCAACCGCGAAAAGCGACCGAGGGAGUUCAAGUUACCUAGGGGAGGAUGGCUGAAAAACCCGUUCGAGGACUUAUCGUUCAUUGGAAGAAGGGAUAGCCAGAACCCGAUGCGAUUUAUGAACCGAUUCGAGAGGAUUGCCGAAAUAAUCCCGAGACUAGAAAAAAUGCUAAAUGCAACGGUGCAUUCAAGCACGGGAUUCGCGCCAGAUCAGUUGCACAAGGACGGAAUCAUUCAAGCGGGGCUGGACUCGACGUUGCUGUCGGACCAAAGACCAGAGGACGACAGACAGGAGAGAAUCGAAAAGGCGAGAAUAAAGUUGAGAUUAGCUGCCGAGAAAAGGAGGCGACAGUUCGACAAGACGACCACGGCUAAACCGUACCAGGAAGGCGAUCGAGUGUGGUGCAAGGUUCACCGACGAUCGGAAAAAAGGAAGCAAUGGUCGAAGAAGCUGCAGGCGAUAUACGAGGGGCCCUACCGGAUAAGCCGGAUACCCAAGCCGAACGCGUACGAGGUAGUCGACGACGAAGGACAAUGGAUGGGAGUAUACAACUCGAGGCGAUUGAGGCCACAUCGAGCGGAGAACGUAGAAGAAGAGGAGGUAGUGGGCCAAGCCGGCAUCAAUAUGAUGCGAAUAACCGGCGACGGUAGAGAAGAGAAGAGGGGAGGCCCGACGGGCCAGGCGGACAAGGAGAACCGAGAACCAAGGGGGUUAACGGACAAAAAGACUCGGAACAGAAGAGGUCAAACGAAGGACCAGAGUGGCCGAGCAAGCAAUAAGGAGAUCGCCAAGGCGAGACAAAAGCAAGACAAGGGAAAAAAGGAAGGAGGAGCAGAGCUGGGGAAUAAGCAAAACCCAGGAGACAUUUUCGGAAAUGCAGUAAUGUGGAAGAGAUGGAGAGAGAUCACGGAGGGACCCAGGCGAAGGCAGCAAGAGGCAAUGGGAACGAGAAAGGAAGACACAGAGGCUAAAGCCGAAGUUUUGGCACGCACGAGCAAACCCGAGGAAACACCAGGACAAGCGACGCGAGGAAUACCAGAGACGAGGAAAAACGAGAACACGCUCAGAAUCCCAGUUUCCGUAAGGAUGGUGAAGAUGCUAGAAGUCCCGAGGAAAAAAUUCGAAAAGCGGAUCGACGGGGACAGCACCCGGGAGGACGAAGAGCAACCGGGGAAGCAAAUCGAGCGCGAUAUCAAGAGGUUCGAAGAAAUCUUAAAGGAGAAUAUAAGGGAGGCAGAAGAAAGGCUACGAAAAGAGAUCGAGAGGGGUGAGCAAGAGGCCGAACCAAAAGAAGGAUCGCGGAGGCAGGACGAUCAGACGAGAAGUCAAAAGGGGAGGUGCUACACCAUCGAAGAGAGAGAAAAGAGUAAAGGAAAGAGGAGCCGGAACAAAUGGAAGACGCUGAUAAAGCAACGCGAGCUAGUAAGCGCAACAAAAUACGGAAAACGCAAGCGAGCGAUAUCAAGUGACGAAGAAGCCGGAAAGGUUGAAGAAAAGACGAGUAAGGGAAGACCAACGGGCGUUGACCUGACAAUAGAGAAGGUGCCGGACAGCGAGCACGAAGACAAGGUCAGUAAGGAAAAGGAAUCAUUUGAAAUAAACCGCGAAAGACUUUCCAAGAAAACCAGUGACGAGGAAGAAGCAACGACUUUCGAAAAUUUAGGCAGUGAAGCGGAAUUAACGACUUCCGAGAACCGGAGAAAUGAAGACGAGCGAGACGAUACCCGGAAGAGAAGAGUCGAGCGACAGAACAAUGGGCAAGCCGCAACGCACGAGGAAAUCACGGGGCGACACGUGAGAAACAAUGGGCCAGAGCUCGAUACAAACGUGAUCAUACCCAUCGAAACGAUGACAAGGGGAAAAGCGAGGCUGUCAGUCGCAAACGAUCCAGUAAGCAAGGCAGAGCGAAAUAACGCAAAGCAACGCAAGCCAGAAAUCGAAAGCGAUAAGGAAAGUGAGCAGAUAGUUGACGAAAGGAAGCAGACGAGUGUCGGGAAGAGAAUGGAGUAG